UAAUAAUAAUUAAAGGCUUCAGCUUUACAGCGAAUUCUCUGCCGCAGCCAAAAAUUUGGACAAUUCCACGUGGCGAGUUGGGCGCUCGUUUCUUGAUCACAGCAAUGUCGGGAGCGGCGAGGUAGAUCUCUCACACACAGCUGCAACCGGGCCCACGCUAUCCAGCCUCACCAAUCAGAACCGGACACGUGGGGCAGGGGGCUGAUGCUGACGCAUCCGUGUAACUUCACUCCACUGUGUGAUCCCAGCAGCCCACUGUAGCGGAGCAGCGCCUAUUUCUCUUUCAGUGCGUGUCAAUUCACUCCUAUUGUGUGUGUGAAUUUUGAUGUUUUGUUUUGCAAGACUGAAUUUUUGGAGGUGGGCGCUUUUCUUUUUUCCUUUUUUUUGUGUGGCUAAGUAUCAAGAUUCGAUUUUUAUUUUUCUUCUUCUUGUUUUUUUCUUUCCCUUGCUUAUAGUGAUCAUUGAAGAUGUUGUGUUUUUCACCUUUUUUCUUCUGGGAUUUGUUUUUGGUGGAUUUUUUGUUUGAUUCUUGAAUUGUAAAGCUUCUACAGGUGUUGUUGUCUCAGUGAAUUCAGAAUUGUGCUGGUUUUUUAAAGGUCUUGGCAAGAAUUUUGAGGUAUGGAUGCUUGCCUUCCUGAUUGGAACACUGAUGUUGGUGGUGAAUUCCUUCUCCCACUUCAGAGAAAACCUCUUGGAUUAGAGAAUGAGUUGAUUGAACUGUUGUGGCAAAAUGGGGAGAUUGUGUUGCAUAGUCAAACCAAUAGGAAACAAACAAAGCAAGUUAGGGAUCCAAAUCAAUGUGGUUUGAUUCAAGAUGAUGAUGAAGCAGUUUCAUGGAUUGAUUGCCCUAUUGAUGAAUCCUUUGAGAGGGAUUUCUGUGCUAAUUUCUUGUCUGAGAUCCCUCCUCCAAGCUUGGAUGAAUCGAGCAAGGGCGAAACGGAGUUCAAAUCCGGUGCACCGGAGGUUAUCCCCCAAGGCUUUGCUCCUCCUCCUCCACCAAGGUUCGAGGCAGCUGAGGCCGUGGCUCGUCACCAGCCUCAGAUGCCGGGGAGGAGCCGUGAGUGCUCUGGCAUGACCCUCGGGUCGAGCCAUUGUGCGAGCAACCAAGUGGACUUGAGUUGGGCUUCUAGCUGUGGGGUUGGCACCAUGGCUGCAGGGGCGAUAAACGAGGGCGUGGAGAGGGAGGCGCCCGGGCAGGCUAGGGAGUCUUGCUCCGGUGGAUCCGGUAGCAGCUUGUGGAAAACGAGCAGGCACAAGAGGAAGAGCCGUGACAUGGAGGAAUCAGAGUGCCCUAGUGAUGCGACUGAAUCGGAGUCGGCUGGAGGGAACAAGGCGAAGAAUGGGACGGCCCGGAGGAGCCGUGUAGCUGAGGUGCAUAACAUGUCUGAGAGAAGACGAAGGGACCGGAUCAACGAGAAGAUGAAGGCGUUGCAGGAGCUCAUCCCUCAUGCCAACAAGUCGGACAAGGCGUCCAUGUUAGACGAGGCGAUCGAGUACAUGAAAGCCCUGCAGCUGCAGAUUCAGUUGAUGUGGAUGGGGAGGGGGAUGGGGAUGGGGAUGGCACCGGUGAUGCUUCCGGGCAUGCAGCACUACAUGUCGCGUGUAGGGAUGGGAAUCGGGCCAACGAUGCUGCCCGGGAUCCAUAACCUAAUGCGCCUAUCGCGCUUGCCGCUCGUGGAUCAAGCCAUGAGCGUGCCUCCGGCCGGCCACAACCCUAUGUUGAAUCCGGUUAAUUAUCCGAACCAGAUGCAGAGCUCGAGUUUCCAAGAGCAGUACGCGAAUUACGUGAACUUCCACUCGAUGCAGAGUGCGAAUUCGCCUCAGGCGACGAGCAUGUUCAACUUCGGGUUCCAUUCGGCUCCGCAAAAUCAGGUGUCAGAGCCGCAGGGCAAUGGGAACACGUCCGUUGGAUGAGGAGCGUCAAGAUGAGAUCCUCUAGUCCAGAACGAGAGCCUAUGCGGUGCCAGGCUGUCAAGAUGGUCGCAUCGACGACACUCGAUGCUUCUGGAGCGGAUCAACCGCUCCGUCGAUCGUUCGGGCAAGAUCAGAUGCAGCAAUACCACAUCUCAUUUAGGGAAAAGAUAUCAAGAUUUUGAUCAUGUGAUUUAUGUAGGGAAAAAGAUAUCCCUACAACUCACACACUUAAAACUUGUAUGUAAUUGUAUCACAAUGAUCAUUUUAGACAUGUUAUAUUUUCAUUAUUUUGCAAAAUGUAACAUAAAAGUGUUGCAUUCACAUAAUGUAAUAUUGCAUCUUUUCCCCCCUUUUUCAAAAGCUAACAAAAGAGAAAAUAUAGGGAUUCUUUUUCUAGAGGGUCAA